GGGGGGCGCUAUCGUCAUUUCACUCUUCAACAGCGCCAAACAAAACCCUAGAGUUCGAGCCAAACUUCAUAAAUCCUUCUUCUGUUGCCGCCUUCUUCUUCUAGCCUCACUGCCUCUCCACUUCCGCAAUGGCAUCGGAGAAGAAGCUGUCGAAUCCAAUGAGAGAGAUCAAAGUUCAGAAGCUCGUCCUCAACAUUUCCGUCGGCGAAAGCGGUGAUCGUCUCACCCGUGCCUCCAAGGUUUUGGAACAACUGAGUGGUCAAACCCCCGUCUUCUCCAAAGCGAGGUACACGGUUCGAUCCUUUGGCAUCAGGCGUAAUGAGAAGAUUGCAUGCUAUGUCACUGUCAGGGGUGAGAAAGCAAUGCAGCUUCUUGAGAGUGGGUUGAAGGUGAAGGAGUAUGAGCUUUUACGCCGGAACUUCAGUGACACUGGCUGCUUUGGGUUUGGUAUUCAAGAACACAUUGAUCUUGGCAUCAAGUAUGACCCGUCAACUGGCAUUUAUGGAAUGGACUUCUAUGUUGUUCUAGAACGACCAGGGUACCGUGUGGGUCGUCGCCGUAGAUGCAAGGCACGUGUUGGAAUCCAGCAUAGAGUUACAAAAGACGACGCAAUGAAGUGGUUCCAGGUUAAAUACGAGGGAGUGAUCCUGAACAAAUCUCAAAAUAUUGGAGCUUAGAAUUUCUCUUCAGGCAUAAUUGAGUAUUUUACUUCUGAGUUUUAUGGCAAACCGCGCUUUUAUUUGCUUUUCCCUGAACCAGGAGUGGCAUCACAUGUUUUUGUGUUUGUUAGAUUUAUUUUUCAGUUAUAGUGUUAAUCAUGUCUGGACUUUUGGUAUCUUUUCCAGAUGGGGGUAGGAAAUAUCAUUUUCUGGUUUCAGUUGGAGAUUUGUUUCAAAA